AUGUCGGCAAUGAUGGUUAAAGAAUUAGAAUUGAUAGAGCAGUUCAGAGAUAUGAGUUUGGUUUGUGAGUUAACCCCUCAGAGUGUGAUGUUGGGAAUGCUAAAUAUUAACAGCGAUUUCUUGGAUAGUAUUAAAGAAGCUCAUAAGUUGGAUGUAAAGUUGGUAGAUUUGAUGAUUGUGAGUAAAAAAAUUGAAGGUGGUGAUUUCAAAGUGGACGAACAGGGUGUGUUGAGGUUCCGUGAUAGGAUUUGUAUUCCUGAUGACUCUCAGAUGAAAAAGAUGAUUUUAGAAGAAAGUCAUAGGAGUAGCUUGAGUAUUCAUCCAGAAGUCGAAAGUCGAGCAUCAGAGACCGGCGAGAUUAAUGAAACCGUUAGAGAUUCCAUAAUGGAAAUAAAUAUUAGUUUUCCAGUACCGAAGUUGGCAGAUAUUUAUGUCCGGGCAGAUGGGCAAAUGAAGAGUACCAUUCAAUCGUUGGAGGAUUUGUUGAGAGCUUGUGUGCUUGAACAAGGUGGUUUGUGGGAUAAUUAUCUUCCUUUGAUAGAAUUCACUUAUAAUAAUAGUUUCCAUUCUAGCAUUGGAAUGGCACCUUUCGAAGCAUUGUACGGUCAGAAGUGUAGAACUCCAUUGUGCUGGUAUGAAUCUGGUGAAAGCGUAGUGCUUAAACCUGAAAUUGUCCAACAAACUACAGAGAAAGUGAAACUGAUUCGGGAAAAGAUGAAAACUCUACAGAGUAGACAAAAGAGCUAUCAUGAUAAGAGAAGAAAGGACCUUGAAUUUGAAUAA